AUGUGGUGCUUUUCGUCGCCUGCACUGCGUCUGUUGCGGUCGGACGCUGCGACAGUUACGGAGGCUGCAAGUCGAUCCUUUGUGCAAGGUGGCCCUCCCCCACCGAAACUACAGGAGGGGAUCGAGCCAUUGAAAAAACUUCGCUCCUACCGAGCUGAGAUGGACGCCCGAUAUGAGGAGGAGCAGAGGGCUGAGCGUGAGCUCUACUCCCGAACACCCAACGUCCCUGCGCCCCUCCCCCAUAAUAGUUACGUGAAAGGGCAAUACGGCAUGAGGCGGCGCAUAAAGGUUCAGAGUACAGAAGAUCAAAUAAGCGUUCAUACACUUAACGAGGCUGUCGAAACGGGCAAUCAUGCAAUGAGAAAAGGAUGA